ACAACACACAGUUACAACUUACAACUUGAAUGUGAAACCAAUUUCUAUAUCUUUCUUUCUUUCUUUCUUUAUUUAUUUAUUCAUAACACAUCACUGAAGCACCAGGUGGCGCAGCCAAAGCAGAAGAGGGGAAGUGAAGCUCAACCACCUCUCUCCCACCAGAGUGAGAGAUAAUGGGUCAGAGCCUCAGUUGCAGUGCCACCCAUGACCGUGCCCUCUUCACUGCCGUCCAGCAAGGUGACCUUCAAAUUCUCUCUUCUCUGUUAGAGGCUCAUCCAUCUCUUUUGCACCAAACAACUCUCUAUGAUCGCCACUCUGCUCUUCAUCUUGCCGCAGCCAAUGGCCAGAUCCAGAUUUUGUCUCGGCUUUUAGAUGGAUCUGUUAACCCAGAUGUUUUAAAUCGCCAAAAACAGACUCCUCUUAUGUUGGCAGCAAUGCACGGGAAUAUAGCUUGUGUGGAGAAGCUCCUUGAAGCUGGAGCUAAUGUGUUGAUGUUUGAUACAGUUUAUGGAAGAACCUGCUUGCACUAUGCUGCCUACUAUGGUCAUUCUUCUUGCCUCAAGGCUAUUCUUUCUUCUGCUCAAUCUAGUCCAGUGGCUGCUUCUUGGGGAUUUGCUCGGUUUGUGAAUGUUAGAGAUGGAAAGGGUGCAACGCCAUUGCAUUUGGCAGCUCGUCAAAGAAGGUCUGAAUGCGUGCAUAUUUUAUUGGAUAGUGGAGCUCUUGUUUGUGCUUCAACUGGUGGAUAUGGCUGUUCUGGGAGCACUCCCCUGCAUCUAGCAGCUAGAGGGGGAUCACUGGAUUGUAUUCGUGAGUUGUUGGCAUGGGGUGGUGAUCGUCUUCAACGUGAUGCAUCUGGGCGAAUACCAUACAUGGUUGCUCUGAAACACAAACAUGGAGCGUGUGCUUCGUUAUUAAAUCCUACAUCUGCCGAACCUCUUGUUUGGCCAUCUCCAUUGAAGUUCAUUAGUGAGCUUAAUCCAGAAGCCAAAGCUUUAUUAGAACAGGCCUUGAUGGAUGCAAACAGAGAAAGGGAGAAAAACAUAUUGAAAGGGAGUUCUUACUCUGUUUCAUCUCCAUCACAUUCUGAUGGUGUAGCUGACAAUAUGUCUGAGGUUAGUGAGUCGGAAUUAUGCUGCAUCUGUUUUGAACAAGUAUGCACAAUUGAAGUUCAAAACUGUGGCCACCAGAUGUGUGCACAAUGCACACUUGCCCUAUGUUGCCACAACAAGCCCAACCCUUCCACUUCCUGUCUUACUCCACCAGUUUGUCCCUUUUGUCGGAGUGCCAUAACAAGACUCAUGGUUGUGAAGAUUGAACGGCACGAUGAAACAGAUCAGGACAGUGUUGACAUGAAUUGCUCUAAGCUAAGCAAGUCAAGGAGGUUCAGAAACUUGAAUGACAGUGGAAGCAGCAGCUUCAAGGGAUUGUCGAGUGUAAAUUCAUUCAGUAAGUUGGGUGGCCGCAGCUCUGGAAGGAUUGCUGCUGAGUGGACUGAUAAACAGUGAUGGCAUUGGCAUCUACUUGUGGUAAUGAGUGAUUAUUAUUCUAUAUUGGCAGGAUAAGGUAACUAGGUGCUUAACCGGCAAGGCAAAAUCAAAGUUAAAAAGUGAAGGAAUAUAAUGUAAUUUUGGGAAAUAAGCAAAGGGAGUUGAAGUGAAGUUCGCGGUAGGUACCAAGUGUUGUUGGGAUAAAGAGAAGGGGAUGUCAUGUUGUUGUAGUAUUAUUAUUACUUGAGAAUGAAGAAGCAUCACCUGAGUCGAUGAUUUUGGGCAUCACCAAUAAUUUUAUUUUAAUAUUCGUAAACCGGUAAAGUGAGAAUAAUAAUCUCUAGAAAGUACAAGUAAAUAUAUAUUAUGGGAAAAUGUAUUGCUUAUUUGCAUUUGGUUUAUUUCUUUGUACUCAUAUGAUAUGAGCAAUAAGAUACAAAAGAGAAAGACAUGGCCUGCUGUUGCUUGUCAUGUGAUCGUGUCUCAGUUUGUAGAAUAGUUUGUGCACUUAUUAGGAGCAUCAUUUGUU